GGCAGGUCGAUGCUAAAUAUAGAUCAACCGCCGCGCGUGGAGGUUCAACACGAGACAAGGGCAGAGUUUCCUAAGAGUUUACCGCCGCAUAUUGGAAUCGGCACUCCCGAAGAUACUCUGCAGUCCUGUUUUGGAUUACUACCCAAACCUCCGCACAAGGACGUGAUCAAAUAUAACCUGAAUGCUAAUAAGUACCUUCGUUACCUCUGCGAGUUGGACUGGAUCCACCCAGAGGACCAGGGUCGCAAGUUCGUGCUGUCGUACAGCCUCGCCGAUGGCACCGUCAAGAUCGGCGAGAUCCCGCGCCGCAACUCUGGCAUCCGAGAGGGGAAGUUCCUCAAGCCGAUGAAGUUACAAACCCCAGACUCAGAUCCCAACUUUCCUACUUACUUUACGCCUGACAAAUUCUACAUUGGUGCCAUUGUGCCCGUAUUUAAACAUCGUUUCAAGAUUAUAGGAUGUGACUUAUAUGUGUACCGGUAUAUGAGCGCCAACCCAGAGAAGUUCCCACAAGAGGUGAUCGACAACGUUCGAAACUACCACAUGCGCGAGGGAAACCUUAAGGACGAAUUGAGAGAAGCCGUCCGCGAAGAACAAGCAGCUGAGACACGCGCACAGUUGGCCAAGAUUGGUCAAGCGGCAGUGGCGGAGCCUGACGCGAUGGAGCGGUGCCUAGCCGCGCUCGACGUGGUCGGAGGCAGCGCCUCCCCGCCGCGACCUGCCACGCCUCCCCUCACCACGGACAGGAUCUCAUACGACGACUCCUUGCGUAUUGCCAGACUUAGUAAGCCAACGUGCGAAAACGUGACGCCGCUCAAGGGCAUACUCAAAUCUGGUGCGGCGAAAGACGACCACCAAAAAGUGGUGUGCUUUAGUGGACCUGCCGCAGAUGAACACCGGGACAGACCAAAACCACCUUCAUACCCACCCGGGCAACAACCCCACUACAACGACGAUGAAGAUUUCUGCGAUAGGUUCAAAGAGGCGAUCCCGGAGUAUAUGAAGUUACCGCCAGACGCGUACGAACACGCGAAGAAGCUGCGUCGUGGCGUUCCGGAAAUCUCGCCCGCUGCGGUCCGAAUAGCUGAUCUCCCUCGUGAACCUCCUCCCUCUGUAGCGACUUGCGUCCAUCCCCCGCCAGAGAUUACUGGCCCUUGUGACCCCUCUAAGGAAGAAGACGUAACCUUUGCGUGCCCGCACGUCGAGCCCAAAUUACCGUGCUGUGACCCCAAUGACAGAGAUAAAUAGCCAAAUUGCUAAUUUUAGAUUUAGUGAAAGAAUUAAUUUCGCAUUCAGGUAUUCCCGCUAUUGACCUGCUGUUACCUACUUACGGAAUGCAAGAAAACGUCUCUUGGGUUUCAUUAAAAUACUAAAUACUUAGUACCUAUAGUCGCUUCUAAAUAGAAGUAGCUAGUCAUUUGAAGGCAGGUACUUCAAUUGCAAUACGAUACAGUUUACAAUUUUAUUGAAAUUGUCGAAUUCUGGCACUAUGUAAAUUGAUAGUCACCAAAUAGAUAAAAUGUUCUAAGAACUUAGAGCGGAAUAUCACAGAACGGAGGAACGUAAGCGUCCUACUUCUAUUAGCAGUGUGUUACUUGCCUUACUAAUACAUAAUGUACAAAACACAGAUAUCGCAAUAACGUAUCCUUUGCGGGAGAGCCUUUACCUUUUGAUUAACUUCUAUCCUUCUGUAGAAAAGGAAAUUAUGUGAUGUACUUUACUUACGUAAUAAUACUUUCUGUUCCAUCUAUUUAUAAUACCUACGAGUAGGUAAUAAUGAAUAAUACUUACCUAGAUCUUUUUAUUUAAAUUAUGAAUUAAGGUUUAUUUACAAGGACGACCUGUGUCAUAAUUAUUUAAAUUGCUUUUGUGCUUUAUAAUUCAAAAUAAAUUAUAGUGUAAUUAAUGCAAUCGUGUAUCAUUUGU